AGGAGCAGGACAUGUUCAUUGUACAAGCUAUUCUGAAAGAAUACCGCGGCUGUUGAGGUGAAGUCUAUGAAAUACGUGAUGUCUUCAAAGUUGUUUAGUCAGUGAAAGACGAUUGAAGUGUUCCGAUUUAGUUUGAUAUAUGUGAACUGUUUAGAGCGGCAUGUACGAAUGAUAGAAAAGUAACGGUUGCGCGUUGUCAGUUUAGGAAUUUGUUCGCUAGCAGUAACGUUACUUAGCUAGUAAGCCACAUUGCGGUCCUGUUUCUUGGCAUUCUAGCUUGUAUUGUGGGAUGGGUACCUAGCUUUACGACGAAAUUUAGUAAAGUGUCAUUUCAUUACCACAUUUUUCGCUUUGGUUUAGUAAAAAAAUAAAAAUAGAUAACGACGUUUACGCUUGUCUGUAGUAGAAAGUUGACAUUGUGGGACGAGAGAAGAACGUUCUCAGUGGUUUUUACAAGAAGAUCCCCAAACCAACUAGUUAUCAUGAACGGGUUCAGCACAGAAGAAGACAGUCACGAUGGACCCCCGGCGCCACCGUUUUAUGGCCAGACUUGUUGUUUGAUUGAGGACGGUGAGCGCUGCGGACGAUCAGCUGGAAACGCUUCCUUCAGCAAGCGGAUCCAGAAAAGCAUAUCGCAAAAAAAACUAAAGCUGGAUAUCGACAAAAGCGUUCGACACCUCUACAUAUGCGACUUCCACAAAAACUUCAUCCAGAGUGUCCGUAACAAAAGGAAGAGGAAGACAAGUGACGAUGGAGGGGAGUCUCCGGAUCAUGAUGUGGAAGUGCCAGAGGUGGACCUGUUCCAGCUUCAGGUGAACACGCUGAGACGCUACAAGAGACACUACAAGCUCCAGACCAGACCUGGCUUGAAUAAGGCCCAACUGGCUGAGACUGUCAGUCGCCACUUCCGGAAUAUCCCAGUGAACGAGAAGGAGACUCUCACAUACUUUAUUUAUAUGGUGAAGAGCAGCAAAAGCCGACUGGACCAGAAAUCGGAGGGCAGCAAACAGCUGGAAUAAAGCACCAAUAAGUCUUGGACAUGAACACGUGUGUUUGAUGAUAAGGUGUUUCCUGCCAGCCAGCCAAACCGGAUUUAAGACUGCUGUCGAGACUCUCCGCAGGGUAUUGUAAUUCUGUAAUGUGAAUAUGCCGAUAUGUACAAAAUACGCGGUAUGAAGAUAUGAAGAUAUCAGCAACACGGUAGAAUGCAAUGUAUGAGAACUGCCUUAAAGUUUUUUUUUUUUUUUUUUGUAUUUUGCAUGGACUGUUAACAACUUUAAGAAAGGCUUGUGUCAAACCAGAGAGUGUGCAAACUUAAUAUUUCAAUAAACUGGACAGGAUGCAUUUUGUGAAUGAAAAGAUGGUGGAUAAGGUUUUGGGAAGUGUUGCACAUUGUCUGUCCAAUUAGAAUACUCGUUAUCUCAUCCAGUGGUAUGACAUGCAUGGGAAGACUGAUGAAGUUGAAUGAUGUAGCAUUUGGCCCUGACCCUUUUUUACAUUUUACAUUCAGACUUUACCUGCUCUGUCCCAAGUCUUUCUUAUACACUGAAACACACACAUACUGCAGAGUGAAAUGGCGUUUCAGUGAAUAACAAGCUCUUUUCAAGUAUUGGUGGCGAUUUUAUGUCUGACUCUUUUCUUUACUAAAUGUUCUACCUUUUUUGUGAGAAAUGUCAGUACAGUACUUUAGUUCAUUCUUGAUUGUAAGGUCUCUGUGUGUCUGGUGGAAAGUAACUACUUCAGUCUUUGUUUUCAUUGUCAUUUUCUUGGUUUCAGCUUUUGAGACUAAUUUAAAGCAUUUAAUUGAAGUUUUGUUUAUUAGGGGUUUAAAAUGUGUUAUUAUUAAUAUUAUUAUUUUAGAAGAAAAUUGUUGCUGUACUAACACAGGCACGUAGAAAGCCUCAACUUGAGAGCAAUUAACCAUAUUUGAACCACCUAAAUUGUUUUCACAAUGCACACAAGCACUGGCUGUACUUUGCCUUAGUGUUCACAAUACAUUUUGUUCUAUUCUUUUGGAGUGUAUUUCUGAGGAAUCAUGUCACCCUCAGCUGUCAAGUCUAUUUCCUCUCCUGGCACAGUGUUGAAAUUCUGUCUGUCUCGUGGGCACACAACCACACGAUAACACUACCGCUUAUAGUCGCUGGUGGAAGAUGGGAGUCGUAAAAAUAACACGUUUUUGCUUUCUCUGUAUCACUAAUUGGGAUUUUCUUGUUCACUUCAACACUGCUGUUUUGUUUGAUUGUCAGUGGUCUAUUCACAGAUGAUGCUAUGCCUUAGUAUUGAGUAGGUUUUCUCUGUCCCAGACCUUAUUUAAGUCCUACGGAAUAACUUAAUGUCUACUGUUUUCCAUCUUACACCAUCAAUUAGCCAUGUCAAAUGUGUCAUUUGCUGAACUAUCGAUGGCUUUUUUGAGUUUUUGCUUGUAGCUUUGUUAGUGCCAUAUAGAUUUCCCUCUUCUUUUUUUUCCCCUCCUAUGUUAGCAUAUUGGCUGUGUUGCUUAACCCAUUUGUUGUAAUAGAUAAAACACAUUUAUUUAAA